UGAAACUGAAAGCUCCAAAAUUUCGUUCACUCUGAAAAAAACAUAUCUUCUCCCUCUUCUGUCCUCGAACCUUCAGUCGAGUUAUGCCUCUUCUCCCUCUUGUCGAAGCUCAGUCCAUUUCUUCACUGCACUCUCUUCUCCGCUGUGAGUCCACCUCGCCUGCAGGGAGGCUCUUGUUCAGUGAAACCCGCACUCGACGUCACUGCUCGUAGAUUCGGAUUUCAUUUGUCGAACACGGUUGGUUUCUUCGAAGUGGUAGAGAUAAGCUGGAGCUGUAGUUGCGUUUUGGUCCUGGUUUGAAAUCGUGAAUUUAGAAACCCUAGGUGAUGGGGUCUUCGAAGUGGAAGAGAUAAGAUCGAGCUGCUAUUGCCUUCUGCAUUUAGAGCUGAAGUGGUUGAGAAGUAUGGGGUACCUCAUUGGGAAGGCUUAAAGUGUUGUACAGUGAAGCAAAAGAGCUAGGUACUGAAGCAAGUUUAGCAUUAAAUUGUAUAAAGUUCAUUUGAACUUCCUGGGAGCAUUUUAAUAGAACAAUAGAGGAAGCUGCUGGAUCAAUCUCAAGGUUAGGAGAAUUAUGGUGGUGUAGAGAAAAGAAACUAAGAAGAGCCAAAAGGUAGUGUACGAAGUGUGAUUAGGGAAAAGCCAAGAAGCAAAGAAGAUUGUCCACAAUUCCUGAAAGGUCAAAAUUUCCCCCAAAGUUGUAGUAAAACAGUGAAAUCAAAACUCAAAACAUGGAUCAAGUUCCACCAAAUCGUUCAUGGAUGUACGAUAGGUGUUAUAGAGGAAGAGGUGCGUUGAAAGAGUCAUUUGUUUUGGGUGUUGAAGAGUUUAUAAUUAAAGCUUGUGAACAAGACCGUUAUCAAAGAGAUGGGGGGCUUCGAUGUCCAUGUUCAAAGUGCGAUUGUACAAAGAUUUUGAACGAAAGAGUUGUGAAGGUUCACCUGUAUAAAAACGGUUUCAAGCCUAAUUAUUUCAUUUGGGAGGAUCACGGGGAAACCAUGCAAGAAGCUGAUUUAGAUAAUGAUGUCACUUUCAGGGGUGUGGAGACAGAAGGUGAACCAAAUGAACAAGUUAUCACGAUGGAAGACAUGGUCCAUGAUGCUCUCAUACAAAGACAACCCUUCCAAGCAUCAAAUUCUUCUAACAUAGAAGAGGCUCCAAAUGAAGAAACUCAAAGGUUUUAUAACCUUUUGUUGGAGGCAAAUACGCCUUUGUAUGAAGGAGCAUCAGACUCCAAAUUAUCAAUGUGUGUGAGGCUUUUAGCUUGCAAGUCGAAUUGGAAUAUUCCUAACCAAUGCAUAGAUUUUUUUGCAAAAAUGCUUUUGGAUGUAACACCACACAAAUGUGGUUUACCGAAAACUUACUACGAUGCAAAAAAGAUAGUGUCGAAGCUGGGAUUACAGUCGCAGAGGAUUGAUUGUUGUGUGGAUGGUUGCAUGCUAUUCUAUGAUAAUGAAUAUGGUAAGAUGGAUGGAGCGUUAGUUGAAUGCAAAUUUUGUGGGAAGCCAAGGUAUCAACAACACAAGACAGGAGCAAGUUCAAAAAAAAAAGUUCCCGUUAAAUCCAUGUUCUAUUUGCCAAUAAUUCCAAGACUUCAAAGAAUGUAUGCCUCAAAAGAAACUGCAACAGAAAUGACAUGGCACCAUCACAACAAGUCGUCAAAUGGUGUUUUGCGUCAACCAUGUGAUGGAGAGGCGUGGAGGCACUUUGAUAGAGUACAUCGUGAUUUUUCCAUUGAGCCACGCAAUGUUCGACUUGGUUUAUGCUCCAAUGGUUUUAAUCCAUAUGUGCAGGCAUCAUCUAUACCAUAUUCGUGUUGGCCAGUAAUUGUCACGCCGUACAACCUGCCUCCAGAAAUGUGCAUGUCUAAACCCUACAUGUUUUUGACUUGUCUCAUUCCGGGGCCAUUCAAUCCAAAAGUACGCAUUGAUGUAUACCUAGAGCCCUUGAUAGAUGACUUGAAAAAGUUGUGGAGUGGUGUCAUAACAUACGAUAUUUCAAGGCGACAAAACUUUAUCAUGAGGGCAAUGCUAAUGUGGACAAUUAAUGAUUUUCCUGCUUAUGGUAUGCUGUCUGGAUGGAGCACCCAUGGUAAAUUGGCUUGUCCACAUUGCAUGGAGCAUUCAAAGGCUUUUAGAUUAUAUAAUGGGCGAAAAAAUUCGAGGUUUGACUCCCAUCGGAGGUUUUUACCAAAUGACCAUGCCUUUAGGAGAAAUAAGAAUGCUUUCAAAAAGGGGGAAGUGGACAUGGAAGACGCGCCACCAUAUUUGACGGGAACAGAAGUUUGGAAUAGAGUUAAUGGUUAUCCUAAAGUAACUGAAAAUGGUGCACCAAGAAUAGAUGGAUACGGUGAGUGGCAUAAUUGGACGAAAAAAAACAUCUUUUGGGAUCUACCAUAUUGGAAGGAUACUUUGUUAAGGCAUAAUCUUGAUUUCAUGCAUAUUGAGAAGAAUUUUUUUGACAACAUUUUUAAUACUGUGAUGAAUGUCAGUGGAAAGUCAAAAGACAAUGAAAAGGCCCGAAUGGAUUUAGGCUUGUAUUGUAAACGAAUGGAUUUUGUUUUCAUCAUAUUAAAUUGAUAUUGACUGAAUAUUCUCAUACCUAUGGACAGCUCAUUCUUACAUACCUAUCAACUUUCAGAGUCAAACAGUUCGACACAUAUACAUGCAAAUUUCCCAUUGUGGUUCAAGGAUCAAGUACAACUUAUCAAAUUCUUGGACAUAAAUUUGUUAUUCACAUAUUGAUUCAUUUUUAAUUAUAUUGAAUAGGUUCAUAUAUUUUUGUAGGUUCAUAACGAUCCUUUAAGUGUCAGAAACCAACAUCUUAGAGAUUUAUCACUUGGUCCUUUAAGAUGUGUGAAGGAAUGGCAUACCUACUUUGUCAAUGGAUAUAAAUUUCAUACCCAUGCAUGGAGCCAAGGCAAGAAGACUAUAAAUAGUGGGGUUCAUGUUAAAGGCCUUACAGAAGGGGGUGAAGAUGAUUUCUAUGGUGUCAUUAAGCACAUAUAUGAGCUCGAGUAUAAUACCUCAACCAUUGAAAAGAAGGUUGUAUUAUUUUAUUGUGAUUGGUUUGAUCCAUCAAGAAUAGGGACAAGAGUGGAUUCAAAGUAUGGCACUGUGGAUAUUCGAAUGGAUAAAAGAUAUAUCUUGUUUGAUCCUUUUAUAAUUGCACAUAAUGUAGAACAAGUGUAUUAUGUACCAUAUCCUGCAUCGCGCACCGACAAACGGGGUUGGUGUGUUGCAAUAAAGACCAAACCUAGAGGUCGUAUAGACUCUAAUGAGGUAGAUGCCAUUGAGCCAUACCAAGUGGAGGAAAUGUCACAUGUUAAUGACAUCAUUCAAGUUGAAGAAGUUAUCCGAUUGCAAGAUAUAGAAGCCGGUCUUGAAGAAGUGGACCCCAACAAUGUACCAUCAGUUCAACGCUAUAUGGAUGAAGAAACAAGUGAAUCGGAAGAAGAAUGCAGUGAAGAGGGACAAAGUGAAGAUGAGGAUGAAGAUUCAUUUCACAGUUCUAGCAGUGAAUAGAGUUACGAUGUGUUGGUGUACCUAUGGGUGAUCAUAAACCCAUACUUCUAGAGGGGAGAAAGAAGAAGUGAUGAAUUCAUUUAUGUAAUUUCAAUUUCCGUGUUAUUUUGAUUAGGGGUGGGCAAAGCACACUGUACUACAUUGUAUUGUAAAAUUUUAUAGUUAGCUAUAAACUAGUUUAGGAAAACUGUAAAACUGUAAUGUACUUAAAAACAUCUCAAAGUAACUGAUCUGAACUAUUUUUUAGUUCAGUACAAUUUAGUUAACUGUUUUAUUCAUGAAAAUCUAAUCUCUUUACUGGUUUAAACAUCACAUGAUUUUUACAAAUAAAUCUUUUAUAUUUUAAUCUUCAAGAAUAUAAAAGAUUGGAUUAUUCAUCUCCUGCUUCCAAACUGUAGAUCUAUCUAUCCAUCUUUUUUUGUUGUCUUUUAUACUUUUAAAAUUAAUAAUUACUCUGCUUUCAACACUCCAAUAGAAAACUGGUAUUCGGAUUUCAACCAAAUACCCAUUCCCCAGAACCAAUUCUAGACAAUUCAUUAUUUUUUAUCUUCUUCUUAACCCAAUCAGUCUCUGCCAAAAUUACCAACACAUUAGCUUCUGCAUAUGAUGUAUGUCCUUCAACCAUACGACAUCCCAGUUGGAUUUCUUCGCAAAGGCUUGAUUAGACUACUAAUUAAUCUUCAAGAAUAUACAUCUAUAUAAAUCUUCUAAUCCACUUAAAUUUUAUCAAGAACAGUAUAUACGUAUUCAAGAACAUAAAUACUUGGAAUGAAUGUAAUAUAUAAAACAACCUUUUCAAUGAAACUAACUGACAACAUUAUGAAUAAAAUAGAUGCUGUAGUAAUUAGCCAAACUCUGAAAUUCGUCCAUACCCUACUCUUGAAAGUAUAUAUAGUUUUCACCUCAACACUGUGCUAUACAGUUGGAAACCCUAACUAGCUAGCCUUGAAAAGAAGCUUCAUCCAUCUGCAACAGUUAAGUAAUUGACUUUGCUACAAGGGAAAAAGUUGUGGGUGAAAAGCCAUAACCCAAAUAGAACAUCUAAAUUGCGACCAAAUCUGCAUAAGUGUCAAAUGCUACAUGUCUGUGCGUGGAUCUUCUCCUAGUUACUAGGGUACAUAGGUGGGGAUGGAUUCAUCUUUUAGGAUCUUUAAUCAAUUGGUUAUGGCUGUUUCCUAGUGUCCGUUAGUUUUUCAAUAAAUGAAGAUUGCGAAAAGACAUAUUCCCUCUGCUCUCAAGUUUCCAUAUCAGUAAACAGGAAGAUACUGUGAAGCAGCUAUAGGAAUACAGUAAUCUAGUUUAUGCAAAUGAUAAUCCAAGCAUUUCAGUUCGCUAUCAGGCACCUUACAAUCCAAACCAGAUAUUAAACAACUUUACACUUAAGAGGAAACAUAAUUAUUUUCUCAGAAUUCCAGUAAUGUAGGUUCUUAGUGGCUGAACAAGAUAGUUUACCUUUGCUUCUACAGAGGACUGUUCCAGUCUCACAUUAUCUUCUAUAUCACCCAAUCUCCUCUCAUAGUGAUCUACAAUAUCGACUUUGCGGCCACAAAUUCCCAAACAGCCAUCUCGCUGAUGCCUUUUAGGAGCAUCAUUCUUUUGUUUACGAUUGGUGAGCUUUUUGUACAGUUUAUCUGCAUCAUUCUUCAAAGAACAAACUUUAAUAGUCAAAAAAGUGGAAUAUUUGAAGAACAAACUGAGUUAAUUACAAGAAAAAAAUUUUAUUGGAAGUUCAACUUCACUCCUGAAGAAACAUAAUGCCUAAGUCAAACAAAAUAUGCACCAUUCCUCCCCUCUCAUAAAAGAGAGCCUAUUUGGAAGUAAAAACAAUGGGAUAAAACAAGAAAAAGGAACAUGUUGUCUAGUCUCCAGCAUAUCAAUAGAAAUUCAAAUAUUUUAAGAAUAGGUCAAUGUCUAAUCUCAACAAUAUUGGAAAGAGGUUUUAUCUUUUCAAGAAACCUUUCAACUUCAAAGUUUAAGCUGUUAUCUAAUAUAUCAAUAAUUGCUUUUAAUCUGCAAUACUAUUUUCAUUAUUCAGUAUGAAAACCAUUAUAUUAAGGUAGUUAUCCAAAGCAUUAAGGAUAACACAAUAAGAUAUAGAUUUUUCGCAUAUGCAAAUACAAUACACAACAAGUAAGCCAAGAGAAACCACAGGAAACACCAAGUCUGGUUACUAUGAAAGCCAAGCAUAAAACACAAGGAAUCUGGGGUGUAGUUUGGUUAUCCCUUUUUGUUUUGUUUAGUGAGUUGCAUACUAGGCACCUUUUUGCAUUCCUGUAUCUUUGGUGGGUAUUGAAUCAUGAGCAGGGUUUAUAUUUUGAAUCAUAAUCAGGGUUUAUAUUUUGAAUCAUAAUCAGGUAUAUAUGUUGACCUAGCACAUGUGGGAAGCUAUUUGUAUGAAGCAAGCUUCUCGUUUGGGCUCUUUAAACAUCUUAUGUAGAGGGCUAACAUGCACAUUUUUUGUAAAAGGGUUAGAGUACCCCACAAGUGCUCUAUUUCUAUUUAUUUUUUCUUUGCUGAUAAAAAAACCACAAUAAGUAGGAUUGUAAGUUAUUGAUAUUCCCUCUGCUCUCAAGUUUCUGGGACAACAAGUUUCUGUAAUUAAGCAAGUGUGAUGUUAU